AUGACAGAGAUGGAAGACGUCACACUGAAUGAAUUGGUCACGGCGAUCGACGACACCCACUUGCAAAAUACAGUCCAAUAUGACUUGGAGCCGGUCUACAAAAAAGACUCGGACGUUCAAGAAGUCUCAAAAGCACUUGAAGACUUUGACAAAGCUGAUAUAGAAAAAGAUAUUUCAAAGGCAAAAACCAAAGAAACUAUGGGAAAAUAUACCCAAGUUGUGUUUAAUAGAGACGUGCAACCAACUGUUGUUUACCCCCAAAAGGAGGCUCCAAAGCCCAAUUUUGCAAGUCAGAUCAACGCCGAGUUGUCUGAAAAAAUUGAAAACGUUUUAAACAAAGUAAACCCUAAAAGGGUGGUGGGGGAAGCUAGUGCUUUAGUCCGAAAAGGUAUGUCAAGAAAAGAGCAAAUUGAACGAGCGAAAAGACUUGCCGCCCUCAGAAGUGCGAUGUUCUUCGACCAACAAAAUGCGAGAAGGCAGAACAAAAUCAAGUCGAAGAAGUAUCAUCGAAUUCUUAAACAUGAGAAAGAGCGAGACAAAAAGAAAGAGCAAGAAAUUUUAAUAGAAAAAGACCCAGAACUUGCUAAGGACUUUGAGAGGAAAAAGGAGUUUGAUCGACUCACCGAGCGAAUUACACAACGCCAUGCAAAGAAUCAAUGGGCCCGAGAAAUGAAAGAAUUUGGGUUGACUCGGAUCGACGGUAUUCGAAGAGAUAUCCAAGACAAAGAUGCGAUAGGGAAAAUGCUUCGUGAGAAACAGAAUAAGGAGUGGAUGUUUGAUGAGAAGAAAUUCUUUGAUGAGCAAGGGUUAAAUAAAGAGAUCAAUGAGAUCUUAGGGAAGGAGAAUUUUGAGAGUGACGAUGAGGACAUUGGAGUGACAGACAAAGACAAGGAAAUUGCUCUGGAUCGAGUUAAACAACUUCAAAGCACUGAAUUAGACAAUGACGCGAUAAUGGGAAUGAAGUUUAUGAAAGAAGCUCGAAAGAAAGAAGUCGAACAACUGCAAGGGUUUGUUGAUGAGAUGAAUGCUCCAUUAAAAGAAAAGAAGGAUGUAGUAGUUGUAGCGAUGAAUGAAGAAACAAUUUCGACGGGACAACAAGAGGGGUGUGUUGGUAUCGAAGGCAAUGAAGCUGACGAUUCAAAGAAGUACAUUGAAACUAGUGAAUCACUGGCUCAGCAAAAGAAAAAGGAUCAAAUGAAGCGCAAAGAGGAGAUUAAGAAGUUUAUGAAUGACAUUACUCAAAACGACGAACACAAUGACGACAAAAUGGAAUUAGAAAAUGAAGAUGAAAAAGAGGAAGAACAAGAGGAGGCUUCGAAAGAAGACCAAAACGUUAAAAGUGGUCAAGAAAGUGUAGAAGAAAGUGUUCAACCUUUAAAGGAAAUAGCAAUGGAAGACGAUAAUAAAGAAGAAGCCGAAAUUAUUGAAGAAAAGACUGAAACUGUGGCGAAGCACAAAGACACCAUACAAAAUAUGGAAAUGAUUCCACUUGAUUUUGAUGGGAAUGCAGAAAAAGAGGAGAAGAAGACAAAGAAAGAGAAGACGGUGAAGAUGGAGAUAGAGAAGGACCCAGUAGCGACUGUAACUUUAACACCAACGAAUCCCGAAGUCAUUCAAGAGAUCAAAAUGGAGUCUUCUCCCCUCUCGCGACUUCAAAAUAUGGAUGAAGAAGACGACAACAUUAUCUUCGAGAAGGAUCAAAAGGAACUCUUGCGUUUAGCAUUUGCAGAGGACGAUGUGAUGCAAGAGGUCAAUUCAUAUGAGCCCAAGAAGAAGAAGGAAUACGUCCCUGGCGAGAACGAGAACUUACCGGGAUGGGGCGAAUGGUCAAAUCAAGCCACUGUUACUAAAAAGGUCAAUCAAGAGAAAAAGCCGCGAAAGAAAAAGAUCUAUGUGAACGCAGGCGUCGACAAAAAGUUCUUGAAGUACCUUGCAAUAGCAGCUCCAGUCAAAGGAUUAACCGCAGAAGUCUAUGAUAAGUUAAUUAACCAACCCAUCGGAAGUGAAUGGGUCUCCGCAAAGACUCACAGCAAAUUGAUAGCCCCACGGCACAUCGUUCACAGAGGACGAGAGAUCGAACCAGUAAGUUCCGAUGCUCUCAAACAAAAAGAAGAAGAAGAUGCUAAGAAAAAACAAGAAGAACAAACAAAUACUGAAAAUACAAACGUUGAAGGUGACAAACAGGAAAAGAAUAGCAACAAGAAAGAUGAUCCAAAAAAUCGCUUUAAAUCGGAUCCUCGAAGAGACCGUGUUGGUGGAAAGAACUUUAAACAACAUUCAAAAACUGAAGUAAAGAAAGCUCCUCGAAGAGACAGAGAUGAUAAAAAGAAGAAGGCUCCUUAUUCAAAAAAAUGA